GUUUUGUGUUUCCUAUUUUGUGCGCCCUGCUGACAACCGGACGGAUUCUCGAUUACAGUCUUUUUACUUCGGAAACGCUCUUAUUGUGAUGUAUCGGGACUUCUAAACUUGAGAUUUGAAUUUCAUCCAUCGCAAUCCUUGGUAACAAGUCUUACACAUAAAGUCUCAAGAUGGUGCGCAUGAAUGUAUUGAGCGAUGCUCUAAAAUCUAUUAACAACGCCGAAAAGCGAGGCAAACGCCAAGUUUUAAUCAGGCCGUGUUCUAAAGUCAUCGUCAAAUUUUUAAAAGUCAUGAUGAACCACGGAUAUAUUGGAGAGUUUGAAAUUGUUGAUGACCAUAGAGCUGGAAAAGUUGUUGUAAAUCUAACUGGUCGCUUGAACAAGUGUGGUGUUAUUUCCCCAAGAUUUGAUGUACCUAUUAGAAAUAUUGAAAAGUGGACCAAUCAACUACUGCCAUCUAGACAAUUUGGAUUUGUUGUGUUGACAACUAGUGGUGGUAUUAUGGAUCACGAAGAAGCCAGACGGAAACAUUUAGGAGGUAAAAUCUUAGGAUUUUUCUUUUAAUUGUACGUUUUUGUCUUUCUUUUUAUGAUUUAAAAUAAAACAUGUACCAUUACAAAA